GCUUUGCGAGAAACCCCUUCUACUCCGCGCCGGCGGACGGGCCCUACUUUCUUCGCCAGCCGGGAUGGCCUGCAGAAAGAAAGAAGACUCUUCUUCUAACCCACUCGGUCAGUCGCUCCGCAGACACUCGCUCGCUCGUCCGUCCGUCCGCCCGUCUGACAGCUAGCUGCCGCGCGUGUGCCAAAGGACAGCUACACCGCACAGGACUGCACUCUGCGUCCCAGGGCACAUGAGUGCCUGUCUGUUCGCGCAAGAGGGACACAAAGCGCAGCCAUGAAGAAAUCGUCUAGCUCUGCCCCAGCAAAUUCAGGUGUCUUGACCCUGGCCGCUUGCUGCAUCCUGCUGGCCACUUGCAGCCAAGCCAGGAGGAUCUCCCAUAGGCAUGACGUCGCCGCGCCGCACGAGGCACUCGACACUGGUGGUUGGCGUCCUGUAGUAGAAAGCGGCAGACCAAGUUUGGAUCAAGUGGCGGUCGCACCAACAGGCUACGAUGGCGAUACGGACCUCGUUCCUCCCCCGAGAAGAAUCGCUGCAAAAGGAGCGAAAAAACGGGUUGCCCAAGCCGCGGCGUCUUCAUAUUCGACUCCGUCAUUCGCUGCCAGCCCUGUCCGCUUUCCAGGAGAGCAAGAAGCGAAGAGUAAGAGACGCCCGAUUCGCAGGAACCGACCUGGUGCAGGACACUUGAGACCGUAUAUUGCCCAAGAGAGCGCCCAGCAGCAAGUGCGUUUCAAACCAUCUCCUCCAGCUCCGGAAAAUCUUUGGGUGGAGCCCACUGAACCGACGGUUGGCUUUUUCACGCCGCAGCAAUACAAUGAGGGUCCGCUGCAACUGGCCAUCGCCUCUCAAAGCCAUCAGGAGCACCAGCAGCAGCACCAGCAGCAACAAGUGCACCAUCAGCAGCACCACCAACAGCAAGUCCACCAGCAGCAGAAAUUGCACCAUCAGCCGGAGCAGCAACAGCAAGUGGUCAGCACUCAGCAGGUCUUUGGCAACCCGGCCUUCUUCGAUUUAGGAUCCUCCUCCAUCAGACGCCCUCAGGAUAACACUUUCAUUGAGCCGUCCGUGUACGAAAACGAGGUUAUCCAAGGAGUGCACCACCUGGCGGUAAAUGCACCACCCCAGUAUCAGAUUGACACCCCCUCGUCACCGCCACCUGUGAGGAGAAGAAAGCAAAAGCCCCGCCCCGCUACUCAGGCCACGCCGAUCGACCCUGAUAUGCACAGAGGCACUGAAAUUCACGAGGUCCCCGUUUGGACCACGGAGGCCCCUGUGAUCCACAGAAGGCCUCAACCUGAGGUGCACGUUGAGGAAGAGGAGCAGGAGCCAGUGAGACCAAGGAGACCCUUCAGGCCCCCUGCGCCAGUUCAAGAGCAACUUGAUGACGACAUGGAAGUGCCUGUUUUCAAAAUGAGACCCAGAAAACCAAUCGUCACCCUAACAGCCGAGGAGAACACACAUCAAGAGGAAAGGCCUCGUAUCAGGAGACCUCACCCCGCAACUGCACCAGUGGUUCAAGAAGACCUCGAAGAAGAGGUCAGCCCCGCGAGGCCACUGCAAGAGGAAGAGAGGCCCCUGAAGAGGCGCCGGCCCCGUCCCCCAGUUGAGGGAAAAAGACGUCGUCGCCCCAAGCCCAGACCGCAGCCAGUGAUUGUUGUCGAAGAAGAGGAGCAACAACAGCCACAGCCUGAAAUUGAGGAGGACAGAAAUGUGCACAGGAGGCCUAUUCCAAGCUGGCCGACCAAGCCGGCGGUGACCGAGGAGUCGGUUCAGGAGCAACAACCUGAAGUGGAACAGGAAAACUACCCUUCAGUGUUCCCUCUGCAGCACCAACAGCAAAAGGAAGAAAUCAUCCCCGAAGACUCCCCGUCUGAGGAGACCGUGGAGGAAACUUUCCCGAGCAGUGUUGAGGCUUUCGAAUCACAGCCCGUUCCUGAGGAACCCAAUCCCCAGGAGCCAAAUCAGGUUUCUUCCACGGAAGGUUUGUUCUCCAUCCCACCAAAGCGGAAACGCCCAGAGGUGUUCGAGAGCACCGCAGCUCCGGCUCCAGUAGUCACGACCACGACUGCCGCGCCCCUGACCACCACCGCCUCCAUCAGCAGCAGACUGAGAGCAAAACUCAACGGAUCCAGGCCUCGUUUCAGCCUGAACAACAUCAAGGAGAGGUUGCGUCAGCAGCAGGAACAAUCGGAAAACAAGGAGGAACAGGUGACCACUGAGGCAACCAGACCUGGAAGGUUCCAGGUCGGUACGCUACCAACGACAACCUCUGAGGCGCCAGUAGAGAGACAAACUUUCAGACCUUCAAUGAACAGAUACACCCGGCCACCGUUGUCCAGUCGGUAUCGCAACCCUACCGCCACUACCACUGAGGCACCAGACGUCUUGACCACAACCCCCGCCGCCGCAAGGAGGGCCAUCCCAAGCCUGUACAACAAAGAGAGAAGGCCACUGCUGAGGACGAGAACCACCACUGAGGCGCCACUCACGACCACAGAAGAAAUUGUUGUCCCACACGAGGAGGAUGAGGACAAGGAUAUGGAAAGCACGACGCAAGAAAUGGAGGAGAUGACCACUAUCAUGCCGGUCAGCUCCACCACUCCCGAGUACUUAUCGUACGCGAGCAGGGUGACGGAUCUCACGUCUUCGGCCACCGCGUUCAAACCUCUGAGUUUCUUCAGCGCGGUGCCCGCCAACGGAGUCCACCCUUCGCAGUUGCGAUUCACCAUGGCCACCGAGGACCCGAUUCUGCCUAUUGAGGCCUUCUUCCCUGCGUUCGCGUCGAAACCAGCCCCACCUCACGGAGAAUAACUCAACGAUUAUGCUGCUGUAGAUAAUACUAGUUUAACUUAAAAACCAAUGUAAAAAUGAAUUAUUUGUAAUUAUUUUUAAGGUAUUUAUUUCCUAGUUUGUAACAUGCAAUAAAUAAUAAGUCAUAAAAUAAAUA